AUGUCUGACGAUAAAGAGCAUAUGGAUACAAAUAAUAAAAACAAGAAAGGUGGUACAAAACGGAAUUUUAUAAUGAUUUGUUUUGCUUAUACCUGUGUAACCACAUCAUUAAAUGCAGUUGUUAAUUUACAAUCAAGUCUCAAUACUGAUAAAGAUGUUGGUCUUAAUUCGGUAGCAAUUAUGCAUGGCGCUUCCGUACUUACAUGUAUUUUCUUAACAACUUCGAUAGGACAUAUUUUUGGUUACAAAUGGUCGAUUAUUGGUGGACAAUUUGGUAUAUUGUUAUAUGUUGCAUCUAAUAUGUAUCCUAAACAAUGGCUAAUGUAUUCAACUGCAAUCAUAAGUGGAAGUUUUCGAGCUUGUAUGUCCAUGGCUCAAAAUUCUUACGUGGCUAUACUUGCAAAUGAUGAAAGUGAGAAUGAUGAUGCUGAGAUAAAAACUAGAAAAUAUUUUGGUAUUUUCUUUACUGCAUAUCAAUCAGCUCAAAUUCGGGGUAAUCUCAUAUCAUAUUUAGUCUUACGAAAUACUCCAAAAACUACAAAUACUAAUUUUACACAAUGUGGAGCUAAUUACUUAACAAGUGAACAUCAAAUACAAGAUGAUAAUCAUCAACUUAUAUCUCAGAAAACGAGCUUUACGACAUGUACAAUUGGUGUUCAAUAUGUUGGUCUAAUUAUGACAAUAUAUGGCAUUACAGCUACUAUCUCUUCGAUCGUUGUAACUUAUACAGUCAAAUUUAAAUAUAGUCGACGAAUAUGCUUUAUAAUCGCAGCAUUGUUAAGCUACACAAUAUUCACUGUUAUGCUUGUCUGGAAGCCAACAGUCUCACAAACAUAUGUAUUAUUUAUCCUUCCAUUUUUAUCAAGUAUUUCAGAUGGACUCACAGAACCAUUUGUAACAGGUCUGACAUAA